GGCACGCAGGGGCGGGGCCUGAGUCAGCGCCGUUCGGCCGGGGUCCCCCCGGCGCUGCCCAGUCUGGCUCCGGCGCCGCCCGUCGCGGACUCGUCCUUGCUGCAGUCGCCGCCGCCGCCUCUGCUCCUCCGCCUGGCCCGGGCCGUCUGCCCGCAGCCAUGAGCGUGCUCGGCCCCGGUGGAGCCCGCAGUCCUCUAGAUUAGUCCCCACCGCCGUCCAGUACCCGCUUGCAGCAUGGAGUCGCCCGCCUCAAGCCAGCCCGCCAGCAUGCCCCAGUCCAAAGGAAAAUCCAAGAGGAAGAAGGAUCUACGGAUAUCCUGCAUGUCCAAGCCACCCGCGCCUAACCCCACACCCCCCCGGAACCUGGACUCCAGGACCUUCAUCACCAUUGGAGACAGAAACUUUGAGGUGGAGGCUGAUGACUUGGUGACCAUCUCGGAACUGGGCCGUGGAGCCUAUGGAGUGGUGGAGAAGGUGCGGCACGCCCAGAGCGGCACCAUCAUGGCCGUGAAGCGGAUCCGGGCCACUGUGAACUCACAGGAGCAGAAGCGGCUGCUCAUGGACCUGGACAUCAACAUGCGCACGGUCGACUGCUUCUACACUGUCACCUUCUACGGGGCACUAUUCAGAGAGGGAGAUGUGUGGAUCUGCAUGGAGCUCAUGGACACAUCCCUGGACAAGUUCUACAGGAAGGUGCUGGAUAAAAACAUGACAAUUCCAGAGGACAUCCUCGGGGAGAUUGCUGUGUCUAUCGUGCGGGCCCUGGAGCAUCUGCACAGCAAGCUGUCGGUGAUCCACAGAGAUGUGAAGCCCUCCAAUGUCCUUAUCAACAAGGAGGGCCAUGUGAAGAUGUGUGACUUUGGCAUCAGUGGUUACUUGGUGGACUCUGUGGCCAAGACGAUGGAUGCUGGCUGCAAGCCCUACAUGGCCCCUGAGAGGAUCAACCCGGAGCUGAACCAGAAGGGCUACAAUGUCAAGUCCGACGUCUGGAGCCUGGGCAUUACCAUGAUUGAGAUGGCCAUCCUGCGGUUCCCUUACGAGUCCUGGGGGACCCCGUUCCAGCAGCUGAAGCAGGUGGUGGAGGAGCCGUCCCCCCAGCUCCCAGCCGACCGUUUCUCCCCCGAGUUUGUGGACUUCACUGCUCAGUGCCUGAGGAAGAACCCCGCAGAGCGUAUGAGCUACCUGGAGCUGAUGGAGCACCCCUUCUUCACCUUGCACAAAACCAAGAAGACAGACAUUGCUGCCUUCGUGAAGGAGAUCCUGGGCGAAGACUCAUAGGGGCUGGGCCUCGGACCCCACUCCGGCCCUCCAGAGCCCCACAGCCCCGUCUGCGGGGGCAGUGCUCACCCACACCAUAAGCUACUGCCAUCCUGGCCCAGGGCACCCGGGAGGAACCGAGGGGCCUGCUCCCACCUGACUCUGCAGCGAGCCAUUUGUCCCAAGUGCCAAAGAAGCAGACCAUCGGGGCUCCCAGCCAGGCCCUUGUCGGCCCCACCAGUGCCUCUCCUUGCUGCUCCAAGGACCCGUCUCCAGCUGCUGAGAUCCUGGACUGAGGGGGCCUGGAUGCCCCCUGUGGAUGCUGCUGCCCCUUGCACAGCAGGCCGCUGGUGCCUGGGUGAAUGGGCCACUCUCUUGCCCAGCCUGGAUGCCACCCAAGUUGUAUAUUUUUUUAACCUCUUGACUGAAUGGACUUUGCACACUUUGGCCCAGGGUGGCCACACCUCUAUCCCGGCUUUGGUGCGGGGUACACAAGAGGGGAUGAGCUGUGUGAAUCCCCUAAGACUCCCAUGAGGGAGAUGCCAUGAGCAGCCCAAGGCCUUCCGCUGGCACUGGCGAACGGGGCCUCUGCGGGUCACACUGGGUCACCCAGUCCUGCCCGCCACCCUAAUCGGUGUCAUUCACCUUUUUGUUUUUUUUUAAUUUAUCCUCUGUUGAUUUUUUUCUUUGGCUUUAUGGGUUUGGCUUGUUUUUCUUGCAUGGUUUGGAUCUGAUCGCUUCUCCCCCACCCCCUAGGGUAUCAGUCUCGCCCUCUGCUCAGGCUGGGGUCCAGUGGGAGGGGCCCAAGAUCUCUGCUCAGAGAAGUGCAGGGGGAGCCUUCCAGCUCACUCUCCCUGAGGACUGGCUCGACGGGGCUAUGGGUUUGCUUUGGUGGUGUUUUUAAAAAAAGAAAAUAUAUUUUUUUGAAAAAAUGACUGCCCAUCCCGGGUCCUUUCCCUGAUGGGUUGGGGCAGUUACCUGGUUGCUGUUUUAAUUAAAAAAAAAAAAAAAAAAAAAAA